UGUGUAGAUAUUUAUCUAGCAGUGUACUUAAAAUUUUGUACUGAGAAUACAGAAAUGUCAGGAAUGCAUACGUUACUUGUGAUGUCUAUUGCUGUUGUUCUAUACAGCGAAGUGAAAGCUUUGACCUGUUACCAUUGUCUUUCUUCGUGUCAAGCCUCAGAUCUAACAACCAACCAUCUUAUAAACUGCUCUGCCGGUUCGGAUUAUUGUCAGUCGACCUUCGCCGCAACAAAAAACGGUAUUGAUAUAACACGAGGAUGUGUGAAUAAUAAGGCCGAUGGAGAAUGUCUUGAUGGGUUAUCUGUGUCACGAUGCACUUGUACAACAGAUAAAUGCAACACCAUUACCAAGACCGUAAAGUAUGACGGCGUCAAAGAUGAUGGCGGCGGUGCAAGCUCUCUACAAUCUCUCUCAUUCUACACGUCUGUCCUCUUAUUUGGACUGCUAGGAGUUUUGGUAGCCAAUGUAUAACUACAUAGAAAUGUCAAUGAAGAAUCCUUUAAUAUUUAUAUAAAGUAGACUGUUUGACGGACACUAAUGUAACCUAUAUUUUCAUUUCACGAUGUUACUAAUUUCCGAAACCUAUAAAUCCAAGAAGUCCAUAAAACAGUGCUUCACCAAAUUUUUGGCGCACUCCCUAUCAUUUUGAGAGUUUGUCAAGUCUCGCGCCUCACCUAAAAAAUAACUAGCAAACAAUAGGCUACAAAUAACAGCUAGUAAGGAGUUACUAUGUUUUAUUCAGAAACUAGGUUGAAAAUGUGUGCACAUGUUAAAGAAAUAUAAACAAUAAAGAAGUGUUGAUAUCCAAAUAAUGGCGGACAAUAUCAAAUCUAACAAAUAUUUUUAUUUUUGAUUAACUUCACCCCUCAAAAAAUUGCCUACCCCCCUCUCUACGUUGUGGGCCGCGUCUAAUCGUUUGCGAACCACCGCCCAUAACGGGAUCAUAAGUGUGACGAAAACUUUAGUUCUAUCGAGGUGAUAUGACAUUCGGUGCAUAUGACAUGCAGUUCAUUUGGUUGAUAUUUUGCUGACAUCGCAUUGACCAUAUUUGUCAUUUUAUUUCCGUGUAUAUAGAUGAUCACCUCUCGUUUUUUAUUUUCAUGCUUUUCCCACAGUCAUGACUAAUCUGUGUCCCAUGUUACAGGAAAAAAUUAAUAUUGCCUAGUGUUUGAUGCGGUAAUUUACCUACACAUUCUUGCGGGGAUUCGGUCCAAGUUCCCCAACUAAUCUAGAAUGUAAUAUGGGCGGGAUAUGUUUUUUCAUCCGUUGGGCCAAACAGCCCUUUUCUUUAUUGGAGUGGCUUCACUUUAUUUUCUAAUAUUCUUGUUGAAUUCCCUUCUUUGCAUAGUUUGGAACUCAUCAUUCCCCCCGCUAUGCAUAAAAUAUGUUUUGGUUUAUUGUUAUUUGCUUCGUUCGUCUAUAAAUAGAUUUUAAGCUAGUGAUACCCGCAACGUUUGUAUGAAAAGUGCGAAAAAGAAAAUUUUCUCUGUUUCACGUUUUUUUUAUGUACUAUGCAUCAUUAUGUUUCAUUUUUUAAUAGUUACUCUUCAUUAUAUCCAUAUAUCCUGUCCGAAAUGAAAUAUCGUGCUCCGUCUGGUUUGUAAAAUGAUUUAAUCACCAAUGUCCAAGAACAGAAAUCGGGCAAAACGGUGUAGAUUCUAAUCGGUCAUGCACAAGAAUUGUCAUGCACAAGAAUUGUAUAUUUUUUCAUCUCCCUCGCUAUGCUUUGAACGUGGAAAAUUGCAUCUAUGCUUAUAGACCUUACAUGGGCAAACUACAACCUCCGGGCCAAAUCGGACCUGUUGAGGAAUCCAAUCUGGCCCACCCGAUGCUGCCACACCCAAACUGAAACUAAAUUUUGAUGUUUAAGCUGAAAAGAGAUCGAAGAAUUUGUUUAGAUUGAUAUUAAAUUUAGUUUUGGCACGAGGAUUAUUAUUUUACACUUUUGCUUUUGUAACAUUGAAAGUAUUGUUCAUAAAAUGUAACUUUUAAGUCACACUUACAUGGCCCGCCAACCUAGUUGGGAAAAUUUCAGGCUCCUGGUCUAAAAACCUUGUCCACCUCUGUUAUAGACCAUAGGUGUGCAACGUGUGGCCCCGGGUCACCGAGCUAUUCAGGGUGGCCCUUGCCAAUACUAAGACUUUCCCCAUGGUUAUAUGGCCCACUGACAAUUACGUUGCACACCUCUGUUAUAGACUAAUAGCAUAUUAUCAAUUUAUUUCUGUUUUUUAUUAUUGUACUAAUCAGCGUCUGUUUUUAAUUUCCUCAUUUCUGACUAAUUUUCGUUGUAUGCAUCAUUUUACAUCCACAUUUUGAACAGUUACUUGCAUUAAAUAGUUUAUAUAAUAGCAGAAAUUACGUAUGCUGUUUUGUAUACGCUGUGCAUUACUUUACCAACAUUGUCCUUUCACAUAUAUUAAUUGGGUAUUCAAUGUUUAGGGCCCCCUAAAAUAAAAAAAAUACUACCCAAAACAUUCGUAAGGUGUAUUCAUAACGUUUCAAAGCUUUGAACAAUUCACCGUAUAUGGUGAAUGAAAGAGAAAGCGUUCCAAUUUUCAACGAGUUAAUGAACAUUUUUAUGAAAUGAUCACACAACGUAAAACGUCUCAUGAACGUUGUUGAAUUAGUUAUUAGUCACAUAAUGUUUCGAUCAUAAAUUCGUUUUGCCGAUAAUAAGCUCCAAUAAGACACAAUAAGGUGGUUAGAAUAACCAAUGAGACCUUAAAUGUAACUCUGACAUGGAAAAACUACGGCCUGCGGGCCAAAUCCGGCCCGUUGGGUAAUUCAAUCUGGCCCGCCUGAUGCUGCUACAACCAAACUAAAAGAAAAAUUAUGAUGCUUUAGCUCAAAAAAAAUAGCUCAAGGAAUUCGUUGAGAUUGCAAUUAAAUUAGUAGUUUAGGCACGAGGAUUAUUGUUUCCGUUUUUUAUGAUAACAAUGUAAAUAUUGUUCAUAAAAUGUAACUUUUUACGUCACACUUACAUGGCCACUACUAAAUUAUUUUUGAAAGUUCUUUUGUGACUUCUUUUUUAUGAAAUCAGCAUUGCAUUUGGUGGUAAAUAGACCUUGUCCCUUCUCCACUUUCUUUUCAAAGAGCUAUUAUGCAUUAACUUUGUAUUUUUGAGUAAAGUUUUGUAAAUUUCUACUGUAAAAUUAGUGCUUCCAUGUUCUAAAUGCAAACGAUAAUAUAAUAUAUAUCUAUAUAUAUA